UUGCGAGUCCCCUGCCUCUUUUCCGCGAACACCUCCUGCAAGCGAGCGGAGAUCUUCCAAUCCCGAAAAACGGGAGAGAGAUAUCAAAGAUCUUCAAAAGAACAUGGAAUUCAACAUCUAAUUCGUUGAUUAAGAAUAAGAUAUCACCCGUGAAGAAAAUGAACCUGUGAUUGUUUGGCAGGACUAAUGGGCCUCGUCGUUUGUCCCAGAGCACCAUUGCGUUGUUUUACGCAUGAUUGUGUUGUUUCUUGCAAUAACUGGCUCCAAAGUUCAAAUGUUUGUCUUGGAUGGCGCCCCCUAGCCUUUAGAUGUUCUUACAAAAACAAAAGGAAAUGUUUGUCCAUUGAGGGUCCUCUUGGGGCCUUCAGAACUUCUGUUCAUGCGAAGAGGGGAGAUCCCAAUGACAGUUUCAUAGAGACUGUUGAAGAAGGGGAUGGUAUUUCAUCAGCAAACAGUGACAUCUUGGAGAUAACCCGUGAGGAGCUUGAAGCAACAAGAGCUGCUCUAUCUGAGGCUAGAGCCAGACAAGAAGCCAUUGAGAAAGAAAGAGAUCGGUUAAUUGAAGCAUUAGCUCAAUCAGAAGCCAAACAACAGGAAUAUGCUACUACUGUAAAGCAUGACAAGGAGCUAGCAAUUGAUGAACUUGAAGCUGCUAAAUCUCUUUUUAAUCACAAGCUAGAGGAGGCUCUGGAAGAGAAGUUCACAUUGGAAUCCAAAUUGGUUCUUGCGAAACAGGAUGCCGUCGAACUUGCAGUACAAGUCGAGCAGCUGGCAGAGAAUGCAUUCCAGCAAGCCACCUCUCACAUAUUAGAAGAUGCUCGACAGAGGGUUUCAGUGGCAGAAACUUCUGCUGCAGAAGCAGCAUAUCGCAUUGAAGAACAAAUAAGAAACACCACUGAGGGUACUAUCCUGUCUAUUGUUGAACAGUCGAAAGAUACAAUAGGUAAGGCUUUGGCUGUGGCAGAACAAGCAAGUGAACAUGCUAAAAGAGCAGCCAUAGUUCUCUCUGAGGGGACAAAUUUGGUGGAUGAAAUUGCAACUGUCCAGUCGGAAAAUAUUAGAUUACAGAAUACUGUUAGUGAUUUAGAAUCUCAGUUGUUGCUUACAAGAAAUGACGUUGAGAGAUUGAAGUCGGAGUUGGAACAAGUUCUAAAACAAGCCAAAUCAUCUGAGCUUCGUGCCAGCAAUGCGGAAAAGGCGCUGAUUGAUUUUCAGGAGUCAAUCAAUAGAAAGUCUUUACAGUUGGAGGAGCAAACCAAGUCAUUCCUAGAGAAAAUGAAGAAAGAAGCAGCAAAAAGGGAAAAAGCAGCGGCUAAGGUCUUUAAGUCUGAAUUGGAGGGCGUCAUGGCUGCUGUAGAAGCAGCCAAGAAAACUGCAAGUUUGAAAGAUGAAGCGUACAUGAGAAGGUGUGCUGCUCUGCAGAGGUCAUUAAAUGCAUCUGAAGCUGCUUCAAUGGUCUGGAGGCAGAGAGCGGAAAUGGCAGAGUCACUUCUGCAGAGGGAAAGAUCACUUGAAGGAGAAGAUGGUGAAGUGUAUUUGAUUAAUGGUGGGAGGAUAGAUCUUUUGACUGAAGAUGACUUACUGAAGUGGAAACUACUGGCUGAUGGCCCUCGAAGCGAGAUACCUGAAUGGAUGGCACGUAGAAUUAGGACCAUCUGUCCGAAGUUUCCACCUAGGAAAAUUGAUGUUUCUGAAGCUCUUACUAUGGAAUUCAAGUCUUUGGACUUGCCCAAACCAGAGGAAAUAUGGUCUAUUGCUCAAGAAAAGACAAAGGAGGGGGAUGCACUUGUCGAGCAUGUAAUUGAGAAGGAGAUCAUAGAGAAGAAAAGGAAGUCUCUAGAACACGUUUUGCAGAGGAGGAAUAUCCAGUGGCAAAAGACCCCGGAACAAACAAAAUUAGAGCCUGGCACUGGAACUGGACGCGAGAUUGUGUUUCAAGGUUUCAAUUGGGAAAGCUGUAGAAGGAAGUGGUACCUGGAUCUGGCUCCUAAAGCUGCUGAUUUAUCACAAUGUGGGAUAACGGCAGUGUGGUUACCACCACCAACAGAAUCUGUUGCCCCUCAAGGUUAUAUGCCUUCUGAUCUCUACAAUCUGAACUCGGCGUAUGGUUCAGAGGAAGAGCUUAAACAUUGUAUAGAGGAAAUGCAUUCUCAAGAUCUUCUGGCCUUGGGAGAUGUUGUACUAAAUCAUCGAUGUGCUCAUAAACAGAGUCCAAAUGGUGUGUGGAAUAUUUUUGGUGGCAAACUUGCAUGGGGACCUGAAGCAAUAGUUUGUGAUGAUCCAAACUUUCAGGGGCGUGGAAAUCCUUCAAGUGGUGAUAUAUUUCAUGCAGCUCCAAACAUCGAUCAUUCCCAAGAAUUUGUAAGGAAAGAUAUCAAGGAGUGGUUAAAUUGGCUGCGGAAUGAUAUUGGUUUUGAUGGAUGGCGCCUUGAUUUUGUAAGAGGUUUCUCGGGUGGAUAUGUAAAGGAAUAUAUCGAAGCUUCAAAUCCUGCAUUUGCCAUUGGAGAAUAUUGGGAUAGUUUGGCCUAUGAAGGCGGAAAUUUAUGUUACAAUCAAGAUGCUCAUCGCCAACGAAUUGUUAAUUGGAUCAAUGCCACGGGUGGUACUUCAUCUGCAUUUGAUGUCACUUCAAAGGGCAUUCUCCAUUCUGCUUUGCAUAACCAAUAUUGGAGAUUGAUCGACCCUCAAGGAAAACCAACUGGAGUGAUGGGGUGGUGGCCUUCACGUGCUGUCACAUUUCUAGAGAACCAUGAUACAGGAUCCACUCAGGGGCACUGGCCAUUUCCACGGGAUAAGCUUGCACAGGGGUAUGCAUACAUUCUCACGCACCCUGGCACGCCGGUGGUAUUCUAUGACCACUUCUAUGAUUUCGGCUUUCGUGACACGAUAACAGAGCUAAUCGAGGCCCGGAGGCGGGCUGGCAUCCAUUGCCGGAGCUCUGUCAAGAUAUACCAUGCAAAUACUGAAGGAUAUGUCGCUCGAAUAGGUGAUUGCCUGGUGAUGAAACUUGGCCACUUUGAUUGGAACCCUUCCAAAGAGAAUAGUUUGGAUGGGACUUGGCAGAAGUUUGUCGACAAGGGUUCUGAUUAUCAGCUGUGGUUGAGACAAUAAGCUCCACCCAUUUGGUAUGCAUUUUCAAGGGAAGUUGGUAUUUCUGCCCAUUUGAUUUGCAUACACCCAUUUUCCAUUUUGGAACAGUACAAAAUGGAAAUUGUGUAUGUGAGUAAAAAAAGGGCGGGUGUAACUGGGGAGAUAUUCGAUACUCCGGCAAAGUGUGAUGGUUGAUAGUCGAGCAUUAGAAGCUGUAUGCAUGGCACACAUUAAACUCAAAAUAUACCAUACAAAUUGUGGGCCUUAUGGUGGAUUUGGUCAUCAGGCCAAAAUGAGAUCUAUCAAGCAAUCCUAAAACUCUUGAUUAAUGGGCAUUUGCUUGUUGAAUUCAGACUGUUGGUUAUUUUUGGUUCCAACCGUCCAUUUAAUAUCCCCUAACUGGUCGGUUAUAAAUAAUCUGUUUAAAUCUUUUUAAUUAUCCAUCUAAAUUAAGGUCCAUGCUUCGGAUGGUUUAUAAUUUGAGUCACUUGUAUGCCACUGUGCCAUUACUUAGCUCCUGCAUAUCAAACAUUACACUCUGCCUGAGUAUCAAAGCUUUUUUUCUUCCAAGAAAUUUCAGUUUUUGUAAUAUUAUAUUAGUAAGAUAUAAUGAUCUUGUAUUCUAUGGAUGGAUCGCACAAUAAUGCUAUAAGAUCAUUGGUCAAAAAACCAGUGGACGGAUUGCUCUGUCAAAAUUUUGAUUUUGAAUUGGCCAAGUUGAUUGAUCAUUGAUGAUCCUAUCAUUUUCAAG